CACCAAGAGUACGCUGUACCGUUCGUAUGACCCGAACUGUCCUGCACAACAUCAACCGUGUAUAACACAAAGAUAUCUCCCACAAUGGAAGACGGUCGAGAAACAGCUGCGAUGAAGGCGCGGGAGAGAAAAGAACGACAGAAAGAUCAGUGGUGUUACACAGUUGAUGAUGGUAGAGGUUUAGAGAACGCAGACAGUGACAUUGGCCUGUGUGGAUGGAUCCUGGUGAUCUUCUCUAUUUUGCUUACACUGCUCACACUGCCUCUCUCCAUAUGGAUGUGCAUUAAGAUAGUGAAGGAAUAUGAAAGGGCGAUUAUCUUUCGUCUGGGUCGCAUUUUACGAGGUGGAGCCAAAGGACCAGGCCUUUUCCUUAUCUUGCCCUGCACCGACAGCUUUAUUAAUGUGGAUAUGCGCACCAUCACCUUUGAUAUUCCACCUCAGGAGGUGCUGACAAAAGACUCGGUGACAGUGAGUGUAGAUGGUGUGGUCUAUUACCGUGUACAAAAUGCCACACUGGCAGUCGCUAACAUCACCAAUGCUGACGCAGCCACACGUCUGUUGGCACAAACCACCCUGAGGAAUGUUCUGGGCACAAAAAACCUGUCAGAGAUCCUGUCUGACCGAGAGGAAAUUGCCCAUAGUAUGCAGUCUACUCUGGAUGAUGCCACAGAUGAUUGGGGUAUUAAAGUGGAACGUGUGGAGAUCAAGGACGUUAAACUGCCCCAGCAGCUCCAAAGAGCAAUGGCAGCUGAAGCUGAAGCAGCCAGAGAGGCCAGAGCUAAGGUGAUCGCAGCAGAAGGUGAAAUGAAUGCUUCACGGGCACUGAAGGAGGCAUCACUGGUGAUCGCCGAGUCCCCUUCCGGUUUGCAGCUCCGCUACCUCCAGACCCUCAACACGAUCGCAGCGGAGAAGAACUCCACCAUCAUCUUCCCUCUGCCCAUUGACAUGAUACAGUCUUUUAUGAAGCACUGAUAGAGUCACACAAACACAUACACAUCCAUGCAGAAGUCAACAGGACUAAAUUAUAUAACAUAAUCUGUUUAUAGUGGGGUCCAAAAGUCUGAGACCAAAUCUGGGAUUUCAACCCAGUUCCUUUGUGCAAAAGGUCAGAUUAAAGCUAGAUUUUGCUUAAAGGAACAGUAUGUAGGAUUGUGGCCAAAACUGAUAUUGAAAUCACAAAACUUAUGGCUAAAACUGGUACUGCAAUCACACAACUGGUGGCCAAUACACAACAUGACAACAUAAACAUCAGUCGAGGGCUGCAACUCCACUUUUUAAAUGACAAUAUCCUGGCCAGACCACUGUUGUCAGUGAUAUAAGUAUUUGAAAUGAACAUGAUUUCUUAAUAUCUAGUGACAUAUCAGGGCCAUUUUAUGAUUAAUUGAUAUACAUUUCUUACAUACUGUUCCUUUAAACUUGUACAGUCCAUCGCAACUGGAGUGCAUGCUAUUAUUAAAGCAAAAGAACAUGCCAAGCACUAAAAAGUGGUGUUUUUUACUUAUGCUGAUAGUUUCAUUUUAAUGAACAAGAUAUUAAACCUUCUUUUAAUAGUCUCAGUGUUUUAGACCCCACUAUACAAACACUGCAUAUAUACUCAGACAUUCUCUGAUGUAUGACCUGUAGAUGUUUCCAGUAAAAUUAAGAAACCCACCUUAUUUUUUCACACCGAAAAUUUUAAGUUAAUAAAUUACAGCGAUUUAUUACCUUUUCUAGAUUGAUAAUUUAGGGAACAUCUGCUUGUCAUAUGAGUGUAUGUGUGCGUAUGUGUUUUUCCAAGCAUGCUUAACCAAAUCCAAAUGGGAUAUUUAGAUAGUAUCAGAUGUCGAGACAUGAAUUGACAUCUGUGCUUAUUGUGCCUAACAGUUUUUCUCCCAGAGAAAAUGUAAUUACCACUGUCUAUCAAUACAUAAAGCCUUAAGCCAUAUUAAUUUACAUUAUGACAAUAUUUACAUGUUUACAUGGCUCUUUUUUAAACCAGGGGUUUAGCAUUCAUAUCGAUUUCAUAUGACAUCAUGCUUAUUUUAUCAUGACUCAAACUUUUCAAUGCUUCGGAUCAUUGCUGCUGGAUAUUUUCAUAUGUAAUCUUAUCUUUGUAAUCACAAUGCAGUGGUUAAACAGAUGAAGACAGAACAUGUCAUUGUUUUUGUUAUGAGUGUAUUUGCUGCUUUGUAUAUCAGCAGAUUGAAUUACAGAAUAUUUUCAGAGCUCAUUAAAGAUGUGAAUCUGCUGGUAAGCUUAUAAAGGCUGGUGAAAAAAUAUAUUAUUCAAAUAUUUUAAGCUUCAUCCGUCUGUUACAAAUCUAUACGUGUAAAAAUCUAUAUUUUGUGUUUUAACUGAUGUAACUGAUGAUCUUUUUUGCUUGACUACUCACUUUCAUGUACAUUUUAAUACUAAAUGGUUUUUUUUGGCACUGUAUUUGUAUGCAUAUUUUUUUAAUUGCAAUUUCUUCCAUUUCCUUUAGUAGAUCAUGUUGCGUCGUAGUAUUUCAAGACUUCUAAAUACAUAAACACUUUAUCUUCAAACAAA